GCUUCUUUUUGAUUGACAGGCUGCGUGGUGCUACUAAUGAAGGCUUGUAUGCAGAUGAGGGGCUGAGGUCGUCUCUAGAGCAACGCUGCGCUGUCUAACCUGGUGACCUCUACCAUGGCUUUCUGACUGCUACAGGUCAUUUAUCAUGGAUCAGUAAUGGUGACGCACAGUUGUUCUAUAGCAGAAGCCGAUGCUAAUACAGUGAGUGAAUACUGGGCCUGUGCCAGGACUGAAAUGGUCCAGGUGAGGACAUCAGGAGAGGACACUGCACUGUGUCUCUUCUGUUGGGGGUCUCGGACUGACAUAGCCUCGGCCAAUCAUAGCCUGAGUUAGAGGUGGCGGCCCAUAGGGGGCGUGAUGGCGGCCAUGCCGUUCGUCAGCGAGGGAAAGUGUGUGAGUGUGGAGUGGGAUUUCUUACAGGGACUACUCGCCAAACCACCCACCUUACCCUGCUUGCAGAAUUUGAGGAAGGAGAAGUCUCGCAAUGCAGCUCGUUCUCGGCGGGGUAAAGAGAACUUUGAGUUCUUCGAGCUGGCGAAGAUGCUUCCCCUCCCCGGGGCGAUUACCAGCCAGCUGGACAAGGCCUCCAUCAUCCGCCUCACCAUCAGUUACCUGCACAUGAGACACUUUGCCAGCCAGGGAGACCCACCCUGGAGCCCUCUAAUGGAGGGAGAGAACAACUGCAACAAGGUACGAAGAACAAGUCAUUCGUUGGUCACUGACAUAUUUGAACAGCACAUGGGAGCUCAUCUACUGCAGUCUCUGGAUGGAUUUGUGUUCGUGGUCAGUCAAGAAGGCAGAUUUCUGUAUAUCUCAGAGACUGUGUCCAUCUACCUUGGCCUUUCACAGGUGGAGUUGACUGGCAGUAGCGUGUUCGAUUACAUCCACCCUGCGGAUCAUGUCGAGAUGGCAGAACGUCUUGGCAUUAGGCCACACCUCCGAGCCGAGGCAGGCUGUCAAACGUCCCAUGAGAGUGCUUCAAGCUCCGCCUCCGCAUCCUCACUGGCUGGCACUCCAGAACCAGCUCCAUCCAGCCCCUGUUCUCCAGUUAGAGAGUUUUCAGAACGUGGCUUCUUCAUCCGGAUGAAAUCCACCCUCACCAAGCGUGGCCUCCAUGUUAAAUCCUCAGGCUAUAAAGUGAUUCAUGUGACAGGUCGGAUUCGGUGUCGGCCAGCCCUGGUGCCAGGCUCCCCCCGCCCCUUGCAUCGGCCAAUGGGAUUGGUUGCCCUGGCGCACACGCUUCCGCCCUCCACGCUGAAUGAGGUGCGCAUGGAAAGUAACAUGUUUGUCUUCCGCGUCAACAUGGACCUGCAGAUCAGCUACUGCGAGAACAGGAUUUCAGAGUAUAUGGACCUGAGCCCAGCUGAGGUGGUUGGCCAAACCUGCUACAACUUUAUCCAUGCGGAAGACCUGGACACCAUCAGACUGAGCCAUGAAGACUUGCUGCGGAAAGGGCAGGUUGUGACGGGGUAUUAUCGGUGGCUGCAGAAGAGAGGAGGCUAUCUGUGGAUUCAGUCCUGUGCCACCGUGUCCAUUAACCACAAAGCGCCCCAUGAGCGUAACGUCAUCUGGGUCAACUAUGUGCUCAGUCGAACAGAGCUGGCAGACAUGCCUCUGGACUUAUCACAACUCCCAGAAAGCCUGAGGGCAGAACGGCUUCAAGCAAGCUCCUCCCCACGUGACACCUCUCCAAAGGCACAAGGCUCCACGGCGACACAGCCAUUGAAAGGCAGGUCCGAGACAGACCACAAAGGGAAGGAACCCUUUUCGCACACUGCUGCCAGCCAAUCAGAGAGCACCAGGAAGAGAUCGCACCAGUCUGACCCUGAAAGUGGUCCUCCCGAGGCGAGGAGGCGGAUUGAAGUGUUUCGUCAGAGAGAAGACAGCCCAUGUACCUCCUCGGACCAAGCCAGCGACAGCGAAGUGGAAGAGGACGAUGAGAGAGUGAGCGAGUGGGACCACAACCCCACCAGCAAACGGGUGAAGAGCGAAGAGGGGGCACUGAAACAAGGCAAUGGGGCCAACGGAGCAGGAAAGAUCCACAACGGCCGCGCUGUGAUCCAGCAUCUUAAGAGCGUGGUGGCCAGUUCUGGGUCGAAUAUUAAGACUGAACAAGAAGUGAUAGGAACAACUCUAGGUGCAGGUUCUGGGAGGCGCUGGAGCCAACCUCAGCACAGCAGUGUAGGAACCAAUGGGAGCAGUCCACCUUCCCAACCUCCAAACUCCACCCCGACAGAAGCUCCACCCAAGGGUCUGUUCAACCCCCCGUCCCCGACUCUGUCUCCACCCAUCUUAGCCUCGUCCCUGCCGAGAGAUGAACGGUCCAUCCACGGGGGGCGCGCUCCAGACUUCGAGCUCCUGCAGAGACUGACUGCGAGUGGGGCUGCGGGACGUGUGCUCUUUCACCCCCUGGCUCUUGGCCCACAGGGGCCUCAGAGUCUCUACGCUCCCAGCACCAUCCGCUACGCCCCACCUGAGAUGCCUACAGCUCACGCUGACGGGCACCACUCGGACCACGUGGUCAAAACUCCCGCUUUCUUUCCCCACCUGCAAAGGAUCGCGUCUCUGCCUCCUUUUAGCGGCUUUUCUCCAGCCGAACCCACCUUUCCUCCAACUCUGCCAUUCUGUAUGAACGGACUGAGGGGGGCGGCAGGAACAGACGAGGAUUGAGGGAGAAAGACAGAAAAAAAUAUGUAAAGGAGAGGCGGAAGAGAUUGUAAAGGACGGCACAACAUUGAGAGAGGAACUACAGAAGAACUUGAGGUUUGUCAAACAGUCUUCCCAGAAUCCUCUCCGGACUUUCCUGCUACUUUGUUAGUGUGUCUUCCUCUCUCUGGACAAGCAGUCAAAGCCAUACUGAACAUAUGAAGGACAUCAUGCAACUUACACAGAGGGGCCAUCAUUGAGGCCCGAACCAUUGGGAAUAUACAGGACCGUCAUUGGGUAGGAGGCUCUUUGAUGCGGAGCGCGUUGCUCGUACUACUAACCUUUUUGGCCCCCAGGACAUGGGCCCACCUAUAUAUAUAUUUUCCAAGUCCCAAUGAAUUUAAGAAACCACACAGGAAUAUGCAAGUAUGGACUAAAGUAGCAUGGCGGAAAUUCCCAAAUAAGACAUUCCUAAGGAAACAAUACAUAAGAAAGCACAGUCCACAGGUCCUUGACUGACAGAGGGAUCGCAGUGAAAAUAAAGAUUAGAACUUUUGAACAGUGUAGAAUUUUCAUUUUUGUAAAAAAAAAAAGAAUUGUCUUUAAACAUCUAAAAAGAAUCACUUGAAAAAAUGAUAAAUUCAAGGUCAUAGCCAUAUAUAGACAACACCGAGUUGAAAGACUUCAUACGUGCAAAGGCCCCAAAAGAUGUUUUUUUUUCUUUUCCCACAAGUCAUGAGCAAAUAUCAUGGCCUAAUCUUCCUAUAAGAAAUUUGGGGGCUUUUGGGGGGUUGUGGGCGGGGUGGGUGUGGUUAAGUGUGUCUAUUUGUCAUGUAUCAUGUCCAAGCACUUAUAGUAUAUUGUUGCAUACACGUAGCACUUCAUCCAUGGCCAGACAUUCUAGUUCUAAACCCACAGGAAUUACGUUUACAGCUUUUGUGGCAGAAAUGUGAAGAUUCUGGGAACCGAAGUGUGUAGAACAUUGCCUGUUAUAUAAAGGUGUAAUGUUUUAUUUAAAAAAAAAAAAGUAAAAUGCUGAUUGGAAGAAUAUCACAAACCCUAUUAAACCCAAGUCACAUUUCACUCAAAAAAAAAA